CUUUGAAGGGGUUUGUCCCCUGCAGUGUACCGUAGCGUUGUGUAAUUGGCGAUAAUCCAAGGCAGAAGUGAUCAUUACAGACGGAGUUCGCACCGGAGCCUGAGGCACAGAUGCUUGAUCUUUCCUCAUCAUGGAGAACCACGUGUUUGGGUCUGUAGAAGAGCGGACCUUCCAGUACCAGGACUCCCUCCCUCCUCUCCCCGUCCCUUCCCUGGAGGAGUCUUUGUCUAAGUACUGUGACUCAGUAAAACCCUUUCUGAAUGAAGAAGAAUAUAAGAAGACUUGCAGGAUCGUGAAAGACUUUGGAAAUGGAAUAGGCAAAGAACUCCACCAGAAGCUCCUAGAGAGAGCAAGAACGAGGAAAAAUUGGCUGGAGGAAUGGUGGCUGAAUGCAGCGUAUCUCGAUGUACGGAUGCCGUCUCAGCUCAAUGUCAACUUUGGCGGCCCUGCCCCUUACCUGGAGCAUUACUGGCCUCCUAAACUUGGCACCCAGCUCGAAAGGGGGAGCAUAACGGCAUAUUAUACCCUGAAAUACUGGGAUCUCAUCAGGAGGGAGAAGCUGGCCGUUCACAAGGCGAGGGCUUCACCCCUGGACAUGGCCCAGUUCCAAAAUUUGUUCAACACCUGCAAAAUCCCCGGUGUGACCAGAGAUCGCAUUUGCAACUACUUUAAGACUGAAUCGGAGGGCGGCUGUCCCACUCACCUGAUUGCCAUGUGCCGGGGACGGAUCUUCACCUUCGAAGCUGUUCUCAACGGCCAGAUCCUCUCUCCUCCAGAAAUAUUAAGGCAGCUUUCGUACAUCCAGAACCUUUGCCAGAGUGGCCGGGACGGCCUGGGACUGUCCGCAUUGACCACAGAGGAGCGAACGCGCUGGGCCCUGUCUCGUGAACACCUCAUUAGCCUCGACCCAAAGAAUUUAUCUCACCUGGAGCGGAUUCAGAGCAGUUUGUUUGUUGUGUCUCUCGAUGACGAAUGUCCCGAUGGAUCGCCCGAGGAUUACAGCCAGAUGACCUCGAUGGCCUUGGCUGGAGACCCGACUAUACGCUGGGGUGACAAAUCCUACAACUCCAUCUUGUGGCGCAAUGGCGUGUUUGGCUCUAACUGUGAUCACGCCCCCUAUGACGCCAUGGUGCUUGUGGCAUUAUGUGACUACAUUGAUCAGAACAUCAAGGCCUGUGAGGGGCGCUGGAAGGGCUCGCCCUUCGUCCGGGAGCUUCCAGAUCCUGAGGAGAUGGUCUUCACUGUGGAUCAGAAGAUUAUAGAUGACAUUGCUCUGGCCAAAGCUCAGUAUCGCACUCAGGCUUCUGAUUUACAGGUCGCCAAUUACGCCUUUACGUCUUUUGGGAAGUUGCAUGUGAAGAAGAAGAAACUUCACCCAGACACAUUUGUCCAGCUUUCCCUCCAGUUGGCAUUUUACAAACUUCAUGGACGCCCCGGUAGCUGUUACGAGACGGCUACAACUCGGAUGUUUUAUCAUGGUCGCACAGAAACCAUGAGGCCAUGUACAGUGGAAGCUGUAAACUGGUGCCGCUCCAUGCUGGAUCCUGCUUCUACUCACGCCCAACGCCGGGAACUGAUGCUGAAGGCAUUUGCAAAGCAUAACAAGAUGAUGGAUGAAUGCCAGCUUGGCAAAGGAUUUGACCGCCAUCUACUGGGUCUUCUCCUUAUUGCAAAGGAACAAGGACUUGCCGUACCAGAGUUGUUUAACGACUCCGCUUUUACUAAGAGUGGAGGAGGCGGCAACUUUGUCCUUUCCACGAGUCUUGUCGGCUACACAUCUGUCCAUGGAGCUGUAGUCCCCAUGAUACACGAUGGAUAUGGCUUUUUCUACAGAAUCCGAGAUGAUCGGAUUGUUGCAGCCUGCACUGCCUGGAAGUCCAGCCCUGAAACCGAUGCGGAAAAGCUGUGCCGGACCGUGUUCCAGAACUUCCUUGACAUGGUGCAGCUGAUGAUCAGCCCUCAGCUGUAGUUGGCGUCGACCACACGACUGUUUGUUCUUCAUUUUCUUUUUAGCACAAUGUUUACAGAUCAUUGACCACCGCAGUCCUACAGGCAGAGUCAGCUGCAUUGUCCUACCUAUAUUUAAACAGGAAAUUUAAAGGCAAGCUCCUCUCAGGUUGAGCUUUUGCCUUACAGAAAUUGCUUUCAGCAAUGUCAACUGCUGUUUGGGCUUCAGGGGUGCACUUACUUAAUCAACUGUCUGAAGUGCCCUCUGUUAACAUUGGGCCUUUCUAAUCUGUUAUGCACAGAAGUAUAGAAGUCUGCCUUGGUAAACUCUGCACCUAUUUUUGGUGACCGGGAGAUAGGAACACAUGAGAUAGUUGGAGUAGUUGCCCAUCGUGAGCAAUUAGAGGCCCCGUGAGGGAGAAAACAAAAACCCUUUGCCAUUGGCAACUACGGAUGUGUCCUCCUUACCUUUUGUUCUUGGCUCAUUAUAUCCUGAGAAGUUUGUUUCAAGAUGACUAGCUUUGAAGAAAAAAAAACAUGAUUUUGUGAUACUAUGUCACCAGAUGUCUACCCUACAUAUGUCUAUAUGUGGCCAUCUGGUGGUUUUGAUGUGAAUUGCACCCUGUAAAGGGUAAAGUAUCCCAAUAUUGUAUGGAGUUGUGUUUAGUGAGCAAUUGUAAAGGUGGACUCAUCUGUAGUCUUUCUAUUGCACCAGUUUUAAAUCCCAGGUCUUCUACAUAUGUGGGUCACCUGGCUUCUUGAUAUUGGUGAUGAGAUUUGCAGAGUAUUUUGAGAGCAGAAUUUUGCUGACCUGUCCUCAGGAUAUGUCAUCAAGGGGUGUCUGACACCCUGUACCCCCGCCGAUCAGCUGUUUGAAGAGGCUGGUGAGCCCUGCGGUCACUUCCUAGGCCAUUAAUGACACGUUCAUCGGUCACAUGCCCUAGGUGCAGCUCAGUCCCAUUCAAGUGAAUGGGCCUGGGCUGCAGUACCAAGCACAGCCACUAUACAUUGAACGGCGCUGUGCUUGGUAAGAAGAGAUUACCGGAACGCCGUGGGCUCUUCAAAUAGGUGAGCGGUGGCUGUGAUGGGAGUCAGACCCCCACCUCUCCGAUACUGAUGACCUGGGCAUAGGCUUUUAAUAUUCUACUCCCAGAAGACCCCUUUAAGUAUCACCUAACUCAAUUACAGUAGUGCCACAGGAAAGAGCCUCGAAACAGGAGAUAGAGCAGUGACCAUAAGGACAGGAAUUUUUUGGGAUCUCCUGUCAAUCUCCCCAGUGAAGAACGCUACAGUCAUCUUCUCCUCAGACUAAAAUGGCUGAUAACAGGGAAGAAAAGAUUGUAUUCCUAGUUAGACUAGAUCAGGGUUUCUCAACUCCGGUCCUCAGGACCCACCUACCGGUCAGGAUUUAAGAAUAUCCUACAGAAUGAAUACCUGUGGUAAGUCCUGAUGCAUGGACACUAAUUAUAUCACCUGCUGAAUACUAAGGAAAUCCUGAAAACAUGACCGGCAGGUGGGUCCCGAAGAACAGGAGUUGAGAAACCCUGGACUAGAGAAAUAACAUGAUACAGUAGGCGCUGUAGUUUUUUUGCAUGGGGCUGUUUUUAAGAAAACAAGCUCGUGUUAUAUGCAGUAUUAGGGGGACGUAGAGCAAA